UGUCCAAUGAAAGGCUCUUGCGAGAGGAUGUUAUGAUUCGCUCCCCAUCUUUGUUUCUUUCUUGCAUUCGCCAGUUUUGAUUUACUCAUUUCUUUCAGUUCUCGCCUCGGAAACGACAAUAAUAGAACUCAUCUCUCUCACGCGGACAGACAAGAACCUCGCACGCUCUCUCUUUGGAAGUUUUCUCCGCUACGGAGAGAGACAGAAAUCUAUUUUCAAAAAAUCUCUUCCAGAAAUUUUUCGAGCGAUGACGACUUUCUCAAACGACUCACUCUUGCCGACGACUGCCGCCACCACAACGAGGAAGGAGAAGACGACCUGCCUUACGGACUGGAUUUAAGAUGGGGGUUGUAUUUGCGAACUGAAACAAUGGCGACGUAGAUCGUCAAGUUCAAUCGCGGGAAGAGAGAGAGAGAGAGGAAAGAACAAAAAAAAAAAAUAAAUAAAUAAACAAAAAAAGAUGAAAAAUGACAGACAGUGCAACAAGUGAGGGGAAAAAAGGGGACUCGAAUCAGUGACCUAUAUUGGCUAGUGUGACUCACGGUUAAAAAAUGCACUUGGUGACUUCGAUGUAACCUCUGGUGAUUCGUUUUCGCGGUGUGACUUCCUUCCGGUUUCCAGUUUGCUUCUGGAAAGUAUUGCGAGAGGAGGGGGCUGGUUCCUCGUUCCAGAUUCCAGGCACUGUGCGACAACCUCUCUGGAACGCUGUGAAUUGAUGAUGUUCUUCCGUAUUUUUUUUUUUCUUUUUUUUUUAUAUAUAUGGAAGUUCUGAGCUCUGACUGUGCGUGUGUCUGUGUGUGUGUGUGUGACUCCCUCUCACUCACUCACUCUCUCUCUCUCUCCCUCUCUCUCUCACUCAUUCUUUAGCGGACGAAGUGUGAGUUUUCGAGCGAGAGAAGAAGAAAAAAAAUCUAGGCCUAGUGCACCAUGAGCGUUUUGUAUACCUCAUCGAGAGAAACCUGAUGAUGAAAGAAAUGCUAAACAGUUAAAAAUUAAUGAAACAAAUUUCCCUCUAAAAAAAAAAUCAUAGCUCAAAAAACCUGAAAUGUUUUGAGACCAAAAUCAAGACAUUAAAGAAUAAAAAAAAAAUAUAAAAUAUUCGUCGAGAUGUUUCAGUGUCACUACGUGUUCAUAUUUCCCCUUGGAUGUUUUUACGUGUGAGAAAAAAAAAGAAAAAGAUAUCCUAUAAGGUUAUCCAGCACCUUUUGAAAAAUGCUUGAUCCAAGGAUUAUCAAGUGCGUCCUUCCUCUGACUUGCUUGAUCCUUAUCCAGUAUCCAGCGUCCUCUUCGGGUCACCUGCGACUUGUGGAAAAUGGCUACGAGGGACUAGUUAUUGCUAUAAGUAACUCCGUACCGGGCGAGCAAUGCAGUCAGGUCAUACUGGGUUUAAAGGGCAUCCUUCAAGAGUUCUCCAAACUGUUAUCAACCUUCACGGAGGGAAGAGCCUGGCUUCGAGAUGUGACCGUGAUUCUACCGAGUGAGUGGAAGGCGGAGGCUCUCCCUUGUCCUUACCUGUCGCCCUUGGUGACGACCUCGGAGCUCCCGAAUGUGCACAUCAAAGUCACAGCGCCCCAUCCCAUCUUCGGAUCCCUGCCCUGGACGCAGCAGACCCAGGGAUGUACAAAAGAAGGCGACUUCAUUCAGAUGGGGAGCGAUUUCCUCCUGUCUAGUAGUAGUAGUGCCAGUGCUUUUACCAGAAUGGCCGAACUCUUGAUUGCGGAGUGGGUCAAGUUCCGCUGGGGCACUUUCGAGGAGAAUGGUUUUAGGGGCGACCCUCUGUACCCCGAGGUCUUCAUUGACCCGCACACGAGCAGGGUGAGACCGAACGCUUGCAACAAUUUGCGAGCUGAUUUCUCCCCUGUCUGUCCAUUAAGUUCUCAUAUUCCCGAGGCUCCGACAAAACAGAACGCUCAUUGUAGGGGCGAAGCUUCCUUGGACGUCAUAUUUCAGUCGCAAGACUUUCAAGAAGGAAGAAACAAGCCACCAAAUGUCUCGAGUAAUUUAGGCCCUUCACUAACAUAUAUGAAAGAGAGUCCACCCCAGAUGGUGUUGGUGGUAGAGGAUACAGCCGCCAUGAACCUGCAGCAAAGAUGGGAGUUCAUACGCAAAGCAGUCCGUCACGUUAUGGUUUACGAUGUGCCUGAUGACGCUUACGUAGCUGUUGUCAUUUUCAAUUCAGUUGCCAAAACCACAGCCCCUCUCAUCAAGGUGGACUCCUAUUCCGACAUCCGUCAGCGCAUUGGAGCUUCCCUGCCCAGAAACCCCUCUACCGUACCUGAAAGCCAGAAGUCCAUUUUGCAUGGCUUUCAUGAGGCCAUGAAGGUUCUUAGUAAUAGUCCUUAUGGGUUUAUGGGAGGAAAAGUCAUUCUGGUAACUACUGGCAAUGGCUUCACUCCCGCCACUGACAUUGACGGGAUGAUGCACUUGGCUGUGCUGAGCAGAAUAAGAAUUGAUACUAUUUUUUAUCCCCUGACGGAACAUCGCUCUUUCAUCACAGAUGCCAGCCAUCUAAAGUCUGUGGUUGCCAUGACGGGAGGGUCAUCUUAUUCUGUGAUGGACGAAGGCGUCGGGAAAGAUUCCAAGAUUGGAAUGAUGGUGGGUCUCAUCAAUGCCCUCUUCAGCACCAUGCGCUACAGCCCCCCCUUGAGAUCCCCCAACGAGUCCGUUCUCGUCCACAGUCAGUCUUACCAAGGCGGCAUCACCUUGAUGGCCGAGGGGUCUUUUAUAAUCGACGAAUCAUUCGGACCCAAUUUCCGCUUCUCUGUCUUUUACUACGACCUGAGUCACGUUGGCAAUACUGUCCAGCUGAAGUCGCCCACUGCGAAGGUCAUAGACGCCAUCAACAUAAGAGAAGACAGCGAUGCGAAUAUAGUUUAUUUCAGUGUACUCGAAGCUGAGAGAGGUUACUGGCACUAUCAGGUCGAGAACAGAGCAGACUCUCACCAGGCGCUUCAUAUCCAAGUCACCUCGACCGAGAGUAAUGUCCGGCAAAUCUCUCUGAGGCUGUGGAGCAACCAUCACCUCAACGUCAUUAACAUGACAGACUCCUUGACGCCAGUGAUUAUAUAUGCCGAGGUGAAAGAAGGCUCCCUUCCCAUUUUAAACGCAAAAGUCACCGCCAAAUUGCAAAGGCUGGGAAUAAACGUCUCCGGGAGUAGUUACAAUUCUAUCACCUUCGAUCUUCUCGAUAACGGAAAUGGAGACCCUGACAUAACAGGAGACGACGGCGUCUACUCCCGUUACCUUCCGUCGGUAUACGGCAACACAGGUUAUUAUCAGCUGAGCGUCACUGCAGAUAACAACGGUGAUUAUGCGCGGUCUCCCGUGGAAGUUGACCGCAGACAACACGGUCACGGGAACCAAAGAGAGAGAGUUAGAUGUUGUGGAAGUAAACUCGUUUAUAAGAGCUUGAAACCUGUCCUGCCAUUCCAGCGAUCUUCGAUCUACGGCGUCUUAGAUAUUACGUCGCUGUCUUCUGGUAUGGACUUGUUGCCUCCGACCAGAAUUCUCGAUCUUCGGUCAGAGAUGAAUCAGACGACGUUCACAAUGAGUCUGCACUGGACGGCUCCUGGAGAUGAUUAUGACAACGGUCGAGCGCACUACUAUGAGGCAAUUAUAGCUAAUUCAUGGGACGAUGCUAAUGAAUUCGACGGAGAACUCUUUAACGAUUUGCCUUCUCCUAAAUAUUCCGGAAGGGAACAACACGCAACCAUCAGAAUUGAAAGAUUCGAGCAAAUUGUUUACGUCGCUCUUCGUGCUGUGGAUAAGGCGGGAAACAGAGGUCCCGUAAGCAACAUCGCAGCGGAAUGGGUUCCCGCAGCCCCCACGAAACCCCCCGUCGUCAUCAUCCCCAUGACAUUGCAGCCUUCAACCAACAAUGCUCAGCCUCUCGGUAGCGAAGUGACGGUGCCUCAGAGAGUCAGCAACGUCAGUUUAGAAUUGAUAGCGAUCAUCAUAGGCUCCACCUUCGGGGUUUUAUGUAUAGUGAUUAUACUCGUUGCAUUGUUGUACUUUCAUAUUACCCGUAGUCGCGGUAACCUUAAAAGUGAGGAGGACAAAGCCGCCGAAUCCAGACUGAAUGACGACGCGAACAAUGAUUCAUCUCAGUCUGCCCAGGCGUCUACGGAAAAUGUUGCCAAAACCGAGGAACCGAACACCGAACAGCCUCUCUCACCGACCCUCUCUUGUUCGGCCGCAGAAGCCUUGCCGAUGCAUCCCUGCCAAAUGCUUCAGAGAGGCCCUUCAGUAGAAGUUAUGGAGCCUCAGUCGUGUUUCCAGAUCUGUCCAGACCCCUUUCCAGAUAUUGUGCAUAUGUCGAAUUCCUCUUGUCAACUUGCUCAAGCCUCCCCGUCUGUGCAAUCGAACCUCACCCCGCAUCAGUCUCCUUACACGAAAGAAACCUUGUUCAAUUACCCCAGCCCUUCUCACUUUGAAUUUCCCAACCCUUCGUCUCCUUAUAACACGUGUGUGAUGUCCUCCUUUAUGCCCGAGACACCAACAGCUCAUACUCAGGAAGUGCCAACAGAGUUCAGCGAAAUUACUUAUCAGGCAGACCUCUCCUGUCCAGCUCAGCUUACGUGUCCCCCUGUCAAUACUUUCUGUACUCCAAUGACGUCCCCGCUGUGUGGCCCGUCUUUAAACGUAGCCUCCUCGAGUCACCAGGGAAACAUGUAUUGUCACGCCGCCUUUCCUAUGUCCUACGGGCCUUGCGCUAAUACUUCUCAAGCCAUUCACCACGCAGAUACGUUCUGUUCUCCCAUGACUCCUAUCUCCUACGGAGCUUAUCAGACUCAAGCAACUUGUAGCCAUCAGGGAACUCCUCCUGUCUGUAACGCAGUGCCAGCGUUCACGUACGACACAAGUGCAAAUUCCCAGUCUUAUAGUGAACACAAUAACCCAGCAGUGACCGCGUCGGAGCCACUGGCCGCCGCCCAGAGUGUUGCUGGUCCGAGUGACGUCUCCGACGAACACCUGGCCUCCCUGGUCGCCAGAAUUUCGCCACCUGCCCCGUUUAAGCCUUCGCCGGAGGACUGUGUCACGACCGUGUCAUCCACCGUCACAUACAAUGAAAAAAAGUGUACAGAAGUUACUCACUUGUGAAACAAGUCUUGUAACGUUUUAGAUUCAUAUGUUAAGUGCUGUUGCAUCCUCCAGCAGCAUUUUUGAUCUCACGUUUCAGUACUUCGACAACAACAUGAAUGUUCAGACGCGAUAUGUUAUGUGUGCCAUUUACCCAACCAAAAUACUGCCUGUGUUGAAUGUCUACAUUACCGUACGAUACAAGGUUUCAGUUUAUAAAAAUCUUUCCUUCAUCGGGUGAUGCGUUAUGGUAUUGUUUGAGUGAAUACUUUCUAUUCUUCCAGUUCGUCGAAUUGAAUUACGAUAUCCAUUAUUCUCUCGCAUGUCAAUUUUUUUUUUUGGUUACUUGUUGCUCAGCUCUCACUAAAGAAAGUCUAAGCCAUUAGGAAUUUCACAAAAUGCUUCCAUUACAUAUCAUAACGAUUCUACUUUAAAAACAGCUCAACGCAAAAAAAAGCUAGUAAAAUAUUAUGAAAUAGCAUCUUUUUUAUAUAAAAGAUUUUUAUAAAUGUUUUUUGAUGUUGAAGUUGUGUAAAAUUAUUAGGAUAGGAAUCUAUACCUGCUUAUAUAAGGAAGUAAUGUGAUAACUGUGAUACAACAUUAUUAAUAAAAGUCAAAACAUCACAGACAGCUUUCUAUAUCAUGCAUGGCGCGCCAUUUUGAAUUUGGUCAGUGGAUUUGGUAAAUAUGCGAUAGAAAUGAUGAAAGUCAUUGUUCGCAAAUAUUCGUAACUUUGGCUUUAUAUAAAAAAA